AUGUCCCACCUGUCCCCAGGCUCCGCGCGCGCCGCGCGAGCCCCCGGUACCGGCACCGCCACCGCGCGGGGCCCCCGAGCCCAGCCCGGCACCAGCCCCGGGACCGGCAACAGCCCCGGGACCACCGGGAUCCCCGAACCCACCCCCGGCACCACCGAGCCCAGCCCCGGGACCACCGGGAUCCCCGAACCCACCCCCGGCACCACCGAGCCCAGCCCGGACCAACAGCCCCGAACCCCACCCCCCGGGACCACCGAACCCAUCCCCGGUACCCGCACCGGGACCGGCAACAACCCCCGGACCACUCAACCCACCCCGGGACCACCGGACCGCAACACCGCCCGCGGACACACGGGACCAGACCCCGACCCAGCCCGGGAGCACCGGGAGCACCAGGACCGAGCAGCAGAACCCCUGAGACCCCCCAGGGACCGACCCCCGGUGCCGCCCCCGGGCAAGAUUGCGGGCUCCCGCCCCCGGCCCCGCACCAUGAGCGCGGCCGCGCCGGGCGGGCGGGGCCGCUCGGAGGCGGCGGCGGCGGCGGCGGCAGCGGAGCCCGCCGAGAUGCCGGCCACCGAGAAGGACCUGGCCGAGGACGCGCCCUGGAAGCGCAUCCAGCAGAACACCUUCACCCGCUGGUGCAACGAGCACCUCAAAUGCGUCCAGAAGCGCGUGGGCAACCUGCAGACCGACCUGGGCGACGGGCUGCGCCUGAUCGCGCUGCUCGAGGUGCUCAGCCAGAAGCAGAUGGGCCGCAAGUACAACGCGCGCCCCACCUUCCGCCAGAUGCAGCUGGAGAACGUCUCGGUGGCCCUGGAGUUCCUGGAGAGGGAGAACAUCAAGCUGGUGUCCAUCGACAGCAAAGCCAUCGUGGACGGGAACCUGAAGCUGAUCCUGGGGCUGAUCCUGCCCUGGUGUCCCCAAUACAGCAAAGCCAUCGUGGACGGGAACCUGAAGCUGAUCCUGGGGCUGAUCUGGACGCUGAUCCUGCACUACUCCAUCUCCAUGCCCAUGUGGGACGAGGAGGAUGAGGAGGAGGCCAAGCGCCAGACGCCGAAGCAGCGGCUGCUGGGCUGGAUCCAGAACCGGCUGCCCCAGCUGCCCAUCACCAACUUCAGCAAGGACUGGCAGAGCGGGAGGGCCCUGGGGGCGCUGGUGGACAGCUGUGCCCCGGCAAGGACUGGCAGAGCGGGAGGGCCCUGGGGGCGCUGGUGGACAGCUGUGCCCCGGGACUGGCAGAGCGGGAGGGCCCUGGGGGCGCUGGUGGACAGCUGUGCCCCGGGGCUGUGUCCCGACUGGGACUCGUGGAACCCGAACCGCCCGGUGGAGAACGCGCGCGAGGCCAUGCAGCAGGCGGAGGAGUGGCUGGGCAUCCCGCAGGUGAUCACCCCCGAGGAGAUCGGACCCAACGUGGACGAGCACUCUGUCAUGACCUACCUGUCGCAGUUCCCCAAGGCCAAGCUCAAACCGGGGGCCCCCCUGCGCCCCAAACUCAACCCCAAGAAGGCCCGGGCCUAUGGGCCAGGGAUCGAGCCCACCGGGAACGUGGUGCAGCAGCGCGCCGAGUUCACGGUGGAGACGAUCAGCGCGGGCCAGGGCGAGGUGCUGGUCUACGUGGAGGAUCCCGACGGGCACCGCGAGGAGGCCAAGGUGGUCGCCAACAACGACAAGAACCGAACGUUCUCCGUGUCCUACGUGCCCAAAGUCACCGGCGUGCACAAGGUGACGGUGCUGUUCGCGGGCCAGCACAUCGCCAAGAGCCCCUUCGAGGUGCAGGUCGGGCGCGCGGCCGGCGACGCCUCGCGGGUGACGGCGGCGGGGCCGGGGCUGGAGCUGAGCGGGAACGUGGUGAACCGGAGCACGCACUUCGACAUCUGCACCGCCGGCGCAGGCCCGGGGGAGGUGGGGGUCUCCAUCGUGGACCCCAGCGGGCGCCGCGGGACCCCCGAGGCCGUGCUGGAGGACCGUGGGUCUGGGGGCUUCCGCUGCUGCUACAAACCGCAGAGCGAGGGUCCGCACCUGGUGCACGUCACCUUCGGGGGGGCGCCCAUCCCCCGCAGCCCCUUCAGCGUCACCGUGGGCCAGGCCUGCAGCCCGGGGGCAGUGCGGGCCGAGGGCCGGGGGCUGCAGCCCAAGGGGCUCCGCGUGAACGAGGUCGCCGAUUUCAAGGUGCACACCAAGGGCGGCGGCAGCGGCGACCUCAAGGUCACCGUCAAGGGACCCAAGGGCCUGGAGGCCGUGAAGCAGAAGGAUCUGGGGGAUGGAACCUUUGGGUUCGAGUAUUUCCCCACCGUGCCCGGGAAUUACACGGUGACGGUGACCUGGGGCGGGCAGCCCGUGCCCCGCAGUCCUUAUGUCCCACCACCAGUUCCGCCCCCGUCCACCCUGAGUUCUCACUUCCACAUCAUACACCCAGAUAUCACCAAGGAUUUGUUCAGCACCCUGAAGAGUAACGAUAAUAACCGCAGAUUACCAGUCGCCACAGAUUCAUGUUGA